AUGUCAAUAAGCAUUAAUAUUCACGACCCCUCAUUCCCAGCUGAAUUAUAUGAAAUUUUCUUUGCAAAACGCUUAUUCACUUAUUACAAACAAAACAACAACAACUUUUUAUUUUUUAAUCAAAACUUAAUUAAUAAAAUGUUUGGAUUCUAUUCUGAAAAUUAUUUUAAUACAAAAACACCAACUUGGAAACAACAACAAAACACAAAAUUGUAAUGUUUUUAGUCAUACUUCCGAAAAACACAAAAACCAGAAAUUCCGGAAAACUUUGAAUAAAACAACGUUUUAUAAA